CGCAAAUAUCCACUCCUGCCGCAAAACUUAGAUGCCUGCAACUCCGGACAACUGAGCAAGGUUGGCAACGGAUGAAAGGCCGCCAGGUGGGUCGCUGACUGAUGGGCCUGCGGCAUUCUCAAACUGCUCUUAGCUGCCGGCAGCCCAGAUUGAUGGAUGGUAGGUGGUAUCAGGAUAGAUAUCCUGUGGGUUUUCGAGAUCUAGCCCGUCUUCAAGCUCAUAGAACUCUUACCGCAAACAACGAUGGCACAGGUCAAAUUCGUGCAUUCCAUCAAGGGGAUGUUGACUACCAAUACUAAGGCAUCGUCAGCCAGACAAUCGCAGGACUAUCUUUACGGUCUUCGCGGGAUACUGGCCAUCGAAAGCUUUCUUUGGCUGUUCCUGAAGACUUUUGUCCCAGCAGUCGUUACGAAUGAUGUCUCAGGUCCGCGUCAUCAAGUCAUUGCCAGAAAGAUAUUCUCGCCUAUCUUCUGGAAUGAAAGCCUGAUUUCUUCAUUCUUCGUUAUACUCUCGGCACGCUCAGUGUGCAUACACUUCCUCCAAGAACCGACUGCCAAAGCGUUUGCUCGCUCUUUGAUGACUCGGCCACUGCGUAUUGGCAUACCGCUUGCCUUUGCUUUGGUCUUUUCGAUUUCAAUAUUUUCGUGCAUCGACACAGUGUACAUCGAUCUGGCCGCCCAAGCGCUGAAGAACCCCAACCUUGCUGUUCCUAUUAUGCCGUCUAGCGCUCUCGCUUCACUCAACACAAUCUGGGAUGUUCUCUGGAUGGUUCGGGACUUUGGAGACCAAAUGGCGAACCAAGCUUUCCCUGGUACAACCAUGUGGUCCCCUUCGUUGAUCUAUUCGCAGAGCUACACAGUCUACAUCGCGAUGGUCGUUCUCCCGUUCACAAGAGCUUCCUGGCACGUACAAGCCGUGGCAAUAUUCAGUAUCGGAUCUUUCUGGUUUGAUUCAUGGGGAUGGUACUCUGCGGCUGGACUUUUCGUUGCCGAUAUAUCGCACAAUCCCGAUUUGGCUGCCCGGCUUCGUUCGGGAAUCAAGAUUGGUGAAAGUCCCAGCUUUCCCUACUGGAUUCUGGCUGUUCUGUCGGUAACAGCUGGUUUUGUCAUGAAAUAUCUUUGGGUAGCUGUAUUCCCUGAGCAUCUUCGGGCGGAGCUUGUCCUUCACCCCAGCCUCCAUUUGACUCAGGGCCUGACUAUCCACAACUUCAACACAGGCCAAGCUUAUGCCCGGCUAGAUGACUACUUGAUCGUAGUCGGCAUUUUGGUUCUUCUUGAGUUGUCAACCCGUAUCCGAUCGUUCCUCUCUUCCAGAUUCCUGGUAGAAGCAGGGAAACGAUCUCUUAGCCUCUACAUCGCACAGUCCUUGAUGUUGUACGUUGUCAGUAUCAGGGUGUUCGUUGCUCUACAUGAGCUGAAACAUGUGCCUGUGGCAUCUGCGAUCUUCGUCGCUUUCGUCUCUUACUUGGCCCUCACGGCUGCUUUUGCUGAAGCAUUCUACUGGACCAUUGAAAAACCAGCAAGCUGGUUUGCUGGGUCGAUUUUCGAAUGGAGCAGAAAUUGAUGUCUAUCAAGGUAGCGAGCGAACCUGCUACAGCCCCAUAGAGACGAGCUAACCAACACGCUCUCACUGGACACGACUCUGUCCCAAAGGAUUAUACAGCUAGAAGUGUGACAGGCUUUGAAACAUCGGAAGGAUGUAGUCAGGUUGUUCCUUGUGCUUUGCACUUCGUUGAAUUCUGGCUAUAGGUUAUCUUGUUGGUCAGAUGCAUGCUCAUUCGUAUUAAUCAUUGCCUUCGGGUUCGC